AUGGCCGAAAUUCAUGUAGAGAAGGCAGAGGAGCCAGACACGUCAGGCGGAAGUCCAACAGACUCGAAAACUGUGAGUCCAGAUGUAGAAAUGGAAGACGUACAAGAUGAUAGUAUCACAGAGGAUGCGACAGCAGCCGGAGAUGAGAAUACUCUAGGCGAAGGAAUAGACAUCGUAGCGGAAGGUGAAGCUAAAAAGAACGGAGAAGAAACUGAGGAGAAAGAAGUAGAAGAAGACGAGGAGGAGGAAGAAGAGGAAGAAGAGGAAGAAUCUUUAACUCUUCCACUUUCCAAGAUAAAGAAAAUCUUUAAAAUGGAUGCCGACUACAUAGCGGCCUCUCAAGGUGCAGUGUAUGCCACUGGAUUGGCCACGGAAUUGUUCAUACAGUACCUCGUAGAACAAGCAUCAUCUUUGGCCAAAAGAAGCAAAAGAAAGAAGAUCAUGUACAGCGAUUUCAGUGACGCUGUAAAGGGCCACGAUUCGUUGAUAUUCUUGAAAGAUACUGUGCCAGAGAAGCAAAAGCUUGCAGAUCUUUUGGCCAGAAACAUUAUCGAUUCCACCGGGCGCCCUACAGAGUUGAACCCUGCUACUGCGCACACAGACAUAAUUGAAAAGGAAGAUACUGGGAAUGGCAAGGUGUCCGGCGGAAGUAAAGCUAAAAAUGGUAAGAAUUCUUCUAAACCGCUUAUAAAGGGCCAACAGACACUUAACUUUUCCAAUGUCAAGAAAGACAAACCAAUUAAGAAGGCAGUCAUACACGACUUGAUAGCGAACGAUAUAGAUGAUGAACCUGCUACGAAAGAUGUUGUAAUGAUAGAAUAA